AUUUAGAAAAGCAGAAAAAGGAAUUAGAUAAGGAAGUUAAAGAUUUAGAAAAAGAAAGAAAAGAAAUUUUAGCCGGUAGUGAUGAAGAUAAAGCCGAAAAAGCCCAAGAGAAACUGGAAGAAAAACAAACCAAAGUCCAAGAAUUAGAAAAGGCGGAAAAAGAUUUGAAUGAUUUAAAAGUUGUUGAGACCGGAACUGUUGCUGCCGGAACUUAUUUAGGUAAAAAGGUUAUUGAUAAAUUUGGGGAUACUCCGGGGAAUAAUCUUAAUAAACUGGGAAUAGACCACCAAAAACAAUGGGAAGAGCAUCAAAGAUGGAUGACUGACAAGAAUAAAUAUAUCGAAGAAAAAACUGACGAAUUUUUUAAAUCCCAAAAAGACCGCUUAAAAGCCUUGGAAGAAGAAAAUAAACAGUUAGCCGAAGCCCUAGAAAAGGAAACCGACCCGCAAAAGAAAGCCCAAAUUUUGGAUCAAAUUAAAAACAAUAGAGUUGAGAUGAAGGAAAUUAGAAGAGAAAUUGCCGACCAUAUCAACCAAAUUAAUAAAAACUUUACUGAAAUUGGUAGAUUUUCCGGCACUAGUGGUCAUGAAAAUUGCUCUUCUUGUCCGGGAAAUUAUUAUCACGGGGGUGAGUGUAAUUAUGGGGGGCGUCAUGUUUUAGCCGACGAGAUUAACCAACUUAACAAGAAUUUCGAAGGUAUUGAUAAAUUAGAAAAAAGGCAUAACAAAUUAAAGUUAUCUAUUAAUGAUAGUAAAGAAAAAUUUGAGCAAGAAAAGCAAAAUUUAAUCAAUGAUUUUGAAUUGAUUCAAAAGCGAUGUACAGAUCCGAGUGGUUUUUUUUAUGGCUCUUGUGUCGGCAUUGAUGGUCAAAAACCCGUUUUUCAAGAAAAUAUUAAAAAAAGAUUUCAGGAUUUCCACAAUAAGAUAUCCAAGUUUAUUGAGUCA